UAUGCUUGCUCAGUCUGGGGCACUCUCUCGUCAAACUCAGGGAGCGAAAUGGCAAUUAAAAAGUGGAGAGCUUGCUUUGCUAUGGGCAUGGGAAGGUACUUUACUGACACUCCACAGUGGAAUUAAUCCUGUGAAGGAAAAGGAAUUGAGAAUCGAAAGGAGAUGUUAGGCUUCCUUAUUUUGUGUAAGAGGAAUGCCUGAGAAGGAUUUUCUUGAGCGACCGAAGACUGAACAACUGAUCUACAAGUCAUGUUCUAACACAGGAGCUGAACUCCCUAUCAUCACAGUUUGAAAAGCCUACAUUUGUUAAACCUCUGCUGCCAAACAAAGGUGGAUUACACUGGAUUCAUAUUUUGGGGCCUGCUAGUUAACACUCAGAUAAAAAAACAGGUGUUAAAGAGCUGGUCAACCAUCUAGACAAGCCCCCAGACACUGGAAAUUCAUUUUAAUUGUGCACGUUACAGUAUAUUAUAGAAUUUCUUUUCUUUCAAUGGAUGUAUUUAAUAGAGCAAUUCUACUAUAAUCAAUCGGACAUUCUUGCAACAUGUGUAACUGUCAAACUGAAAAAUAUUUUGACCAUUAUCAGAUGAACCCAAUGUUUAACCACAUAUGUACUGUAACAGGAAAAAGAACAAAUAUAAAGCAAAAGCUUUCAGCAUUUUUUAUUCAAACUGGAAAGGCUGUAUGAGGAUUCGGUUGUGAUGUAGAGUUUUAUUUCAUUCAGUUGUACUAAUUGACAGAUGACAGAAUCUAAAAAAUGAACAUCCACAUACAAACAUACUGUUUGUGGCAGAUUAUGUCAGAUGCAUGUUGUGCAAACAGUAACAAUCAAUUUCUUCAUUACAUCUUUUUCUAAUGCUACAUGCUUCUUAUAAUAAAAUAUAUAUUGAUUAAAUUUACAUAUGGGACUUUUCAGACAGAAUGCAAAACAGUUUCAAGAAAACAAAAUGACUUGAUGUCUGACUAGAUUGUUAAGAGACUAAAAACUGAAGAGAUUCUUCAUUGGAGUUGAUGCUGAUGGGUCCUUUGGGAUAUGUGUGGAACUAUUUGAUCUUAAAGACAGAAUAUUUGCUCCAGCAUGUGCCCCUGACCUGCCAAGAGAAUUAAUUCAGUACAUACCUGUAUUUCAGAUGCAUUAAAGACACAGCAACAUUUGACAGUCCUCUCUGAUAGUGGAGCAAACAAAGUAAGCUUGAGUGUGUUGCUUGAAAAGCUGUGGUAUGCAUAGUGCCACUAUGUACCUAAAAUUGAAUUAAUUAAGACAGACAGUGUGUAAAGUAUUGAAUGUAAAUUGACAAAACCAACAGGUAGCUGAUGUAAUUGUACUUCACUGUUAGCACCAAGGAAGAUUAAAGAGAUUCAAGCAUUCAACUGGAUCCAGGAUAAACUGGUAUUUUGAGCAGCAGCUUCACAGAGUUCCAGACAUCUGAUGUAGCCUCUGGAAGUAUGAUGCUGCGGAGGGGGCUGCUGGCCUGGGUUUCUCGAGUGGUGCUCCUUCUAGUGCUCCUGUGCUGUUGCUUCUCCCUCAUCUAUGUGUUGGCUUGCAGCCCACGCGCAGAUGAGAACCAGGUCACCCUGUCCAGGGCAAAUGGACCCACGGGCAAUGAAGGUUACCAGGCUCUGCUGCAGGAGAGGGAAGAGCAGCACCGGCACUACAUCAGCAGUCUGAAGAAACAAAUCUCCCAGUUAAAAGAGGCUCUUCAGGAGCGUAGCGAGCAACUGAAGAAUGUGCAGGGAUCUUUGGAGCGAGCUGGGGCUGGCCCAGUGGCAGGGCUGCUUGAUGGCAUGGGAGAAAGGAGCCACACUGACCUCCAAGAGUUCCUAAGGACCCAGCUGAAUCGAGCAGAGGUGCACUCUGGCACCAAGCUUGCCAGUGAAUAUGCCAUGGUGCCCUUUGAGAGCUUCACCCUGCAGAAAGUCUACCAGCUAGAGACUGGACUCACACGGCACCCAGAGGAGAAGCCGAUACGCAAGGACAAGCGGGACGAACUGACUGAGACCCUGGAGAAAGCACUGGAGGCCCUCAACACUCCUGAGGAUGAAGACAAAACACAACGCCGGCAUGUGUAUACAACCUCUGAUUUCACUGAAGGGAUAUACCGCACAGAGAAGGACAAGGGCACUCUGUAUGAGCUGACUUUCAAGGGCAACCAGAACCAUGAGUUCAGGAGGCUGGUGUUUUUCCGUCCAUUCGGGCCUGUGAUGAAGGUGAAGAACGAAAGGGUCGACACAUCCAACAUGCUGAUCAACAUUGUAGUGCCUCUGGCUAAAAGGACUGACAAAUUUCGACAGUUCAUGCAAAAUUUCAGGGAGGUUUGCAUUCGCAAGGAUGGAAGGAUUCAUCUCACAGUGGUAUACUUUGGAAGAGAUCAAGUGGGAGAAGUAAAAGGAAUACUGGAAAACACAUCAAAGGAAAUGAAUUUUAAGAACUUCACCUUCAUCCAGCUAAAUGAGGAGUUUUCACGGGGAAGAGGGCUUGACACUGGAGCUCGAGCCUGGAAGGGCAACAACAUCCUCCUGUUCUUCUGUGAUGUGGACAUUUACUUCACUGUAGAGUUUCUCAAUUCCUGCAGACUCAAUGCACAGCCGGGUAAAAAAGUGUUCUAUCCAAUUCUCUUCAGUCAGUAUAAUCCGGGAUUGAUAUAUGGACAUCAUGACAGCAUUCCACCCAUAGAUCAGCAACUGGUUAUUAAAAAGGAUACAGGAUUCUGGAGAGACUUUGGCUUUGGAAUGACCUGCCAGUACAGGUCUGAUUUCAUCAACAUAGGUGGCUUCGAUGUGGAGAUCAAAGGCUGGGGAGGAGAGGAUGUGCACUUGUACAGGAAGUAUCUGCAUAGCAACCUGAUGGUGGUACGGUCUCCAUCACGAGGCCUCUUCCACCUGUGGCAUGAGAAGCAUUGUGCUGACGAGCUCACGCCUGAGCAGUACAGAAUGUGCAUGCAGUCCAAGGCCAUGAAUGAGGCGUCCCACGGUCAGCUGGGAAUGCUGUUCUUCCGCCAUGAGAUUGAGGCCCACCUCAGGAAGCAGAAGCAAAAAAGCCCUGUCAAGAAAACGUGAUUCAAGUCUACAGCAAAAACUCUUCAACUUCUGCUGAUUAAUCAGAUGGAUCUGCUAAUUAUUGUAGAAGUCUGUUUUUUCAUUAUAUUCGAUUAGAUGAUUUUUAAUUGAUUUAAUAAUAUAAUCGGUUUGUUUGUUUCAAAAAGAGGUCAAGAAACGGUUGUCAGCAUAAAGCAUUUUAUUGUUUAUUGUUCUAAUAUCCACUUAGUUUAUAAUAGGAACAAUGAAUAAUUUUUCAUUGGUUAUAUGAAUUAUAUGAAUAAGGUUAUAUGAAUUUCCGUCACUAUCUUUUUCACUUUUUCCAUAGCUCUUAAAUGACAGUUUCGAGAAGUUAUUCUCAAACUGAGGGGUGACCAAAAUUCACUUUUUGCAAUACAUUUUUUUGUGCUGACAUGAGAUCUGAAUUUCUUAAUUUAACUAAUUAUUAUUAAUUUUAUUUCCACAAUUUCUAGGAUCCCCAGAUUUCUAGCAGAUGAUCAACACUAUUAAAAGACAAUAUAAUGUGGAACACUGCUCUAACCUAGUUUAAUUUCCAACAGAUGCUGGUCAGUUAAUAUAUGUUAUGUGGUUCUUCUCCAGUACAAAUAAAAUAGUGUGAGUAUAUUUAGAACACCUCAAGAUCUGUGAUUUAUCAAGCACAGUCACAAGAUAUUAUUUACCACAGAUCUUAGAUUAAUUGAAAACCAAAGAUCGGAGCUAUACAUUUAUUUACAGAUAACUUCUAGAACAGCUGCUUUUGGAAUCAAUAACAAAUUGGCAUAGGUUUGCCUAUGAAUAUAGACUUUGUGUUAUAUUUUCUCAAAAUCACUGGUGUACCUUAAUUUUCCUGAGGUUUAAGUUAGGUAUUUUAAACAGCUUCUAAAACAUUUAACAUUUUGACUGCUUUUGUAAAUUAAUUUAAUGUAUUUUACCAUAUAUUAAUUCCAUUACACCUACUCUGUGAAAAAAAAAUAUUUUUGCAAAUCUUAUUUUCCAUGUUUGUUCUCAUAUUGCCAGUUUUUACUUUGUACUGGGCUGAAAUAUUGAAUGAUUUAUAAAUAUGGUCAUUCUUCUUCCUAGAAAACCACAGUCAAUAAUAAUGAUGUACAGUAACUGUUAGCUACAUUAUCUACUCUAGCAUACACUCAGGCAAUGAAAACAAGAACAGUCUGUCGGUAAUGUCAUUCAAACUGCAAAUCAUUCAAAAUCAGUCAGCAGAACAUGUUUUUGCAAAAGUUACAGGGAACAUGGAAACAUAUAUAUAAAAUUAUUCAUAAGUCACAAAAUAUAUAAUUUUUCCAUAAAAUCUGAAAACAUUGACCUGUUUCAACAGCUCCCAAGAUUUCUUGUUACAAUAGUUUGAGAUCUUGUGCAUAAUGGACUAAAACUACAAAAUACAUUACUGCUACAAUUUCAUGUUACUGCACUUUAGCUAUAAACUCUGGACAAGCUGGAAAAGGACUACAAGCAUGAUGAUGCUUAGGUAUGAGGUAUGAUGAAUGUGUUCUUUUUCCAAAACAUAUGACAUCUGUAUACACCAAUUUCAUUUACUACAAAAAUAUUUUAAUACUACACAUACAGUUAGGGAUAUCAGUGUUAAAUCAUGCUUUUUGUAGCAUAUGAAACACAAGAAAAUGUACUAAGUAUCAGAGAAAGUGUAUGACUCUAUUUAGGUGGGUAGCUUCGUCAGCAUGCGUAGGCUGCAAUGGAACAAGUAAUAGGUUUAUCUAUGCUGAAAAGAGAAAAAAGAAAACAAUGUUUCAGCCGUGGAGCCUUCUUCAGGCUGACAUCAUGCCCAGUUUUAGUGAUCAUUUUGACACUGCCAGUUACACUGCAACCAAAAUGCUAUGUUGUUACAACAAACACGUAAGUAGUUCAAUGGUGAGAGAGAAGCUACAGAGUUAUUGUCUGAGGGCCAGAUGACAAUACAGGGGCCAGGAGCUCACUAAUGUUCAUCAACACAGCAGAAUGAGGUGGUGUGAGCAACAUAUCAGGUGGACUCACCUGAUAUCAAAUCUUUUCAUUGUUAAGAUGUAGCAACUGUGUGUAGACCACCAUGAUGGGUGUCAGCAAAUAUGGCAAUGAUGUGCUAAUUAUUAAUUAAUGGAAUUUAGACCAAUUGAUGGGGAAGUCCAAGUGUGAAAGUCUGGGCAGUCAGUAGCGAACUCUUCUAGCAGUGAUUGAUGGCAAUAUGACUGACUUUGGCUCGUUUGGAAGUCACAACAUUCCAGGAGGAUAAUGCAACGCUAUGUGUUUAUCAAAGGCUUUCUUACAAGCUGAAGACUUGAACAUUUGUGGGAUGAGUUGGGACGAUAUUUGGCAUCUGUGUUUCAGUGAACAGACAAAUGUUUGUCCAAGCUCUAUGAGAAGAAUGAGUAGGGAAUACUAUAAAACAGCAUCUGCAAGCUGUUGAAAAGCAAGAGUCACCGAUGUACAAGCUGUAUUGCUUCCAACAGUACAGUGGCCACAUACGGUACUAACCUGAGAAUUUCAAAGUAGACACCCCAUUGAUCAUCACAUUUAAUGACGAGUGUUAAUCAGUACAUGACAUUUCUUUGUGUUUAAUUGAUGCUUAGAAUAUUGUAAUGCUUUAUUCUGUAGCUUGGUUACUGUUACCAUACUGGGACACUGAUUGGAAAUUAGGAUCCAGGAAUACUGACAGUGUAAAGAAUAGCAAUGUGUAAACAAGGUGCUUAAGAUGUAGAGUAUAUUGACGUUGCUCAAGGCUACCCAAACCCCCCUGUAUUGAGAGGAUUAAGCCUGGGAGCUGAUACAGGGAUACUGUAUAGGGUACGAGAAAGAUGAGUUCCAAGAAGUCCCUGUUGUGAGACUUACAGUAUACAGUAUGUAUAUGCAGGCGAGCGGAAGUGUGCAAGAUUAGGUAUCUUCUGUACCCUUCUUCCUGAAUUUGUUAUUGAACAAUGUUAUAAUUUAAUGUAUGUACCCUGCACUUUAUCAAAUUGUAGACAUUUUUUAUAAUGAGCGAAGUGCAUGUUUCCCAUCACUGAGCUCAAUGGAUUCUUGUAGUCAAAAGGCUGCCAGGAAUUUGGAAGACUAUGCACCUGUUGUCCUUUCUAAAAAAAUCAGUGACAUGCGUAAAAACGCAUUAGUUUCAGUUACCUUUUAUUGUGCAUUUUAUCAAGUAAUGUGUAAAUAAUUAUCUAUACAUGUGCAUUGUUACUGUGGCUUAAUUAUCUGAACCCUUUGGAAUAAUGCUGCAGUGUAAUUAUUUAAUGGCCCUGUCCAUAAUACCAUCCAUAAUGUUUUUUUUACUACUUUCAAAUCCUCAGUUUUGUCUGAGGUAAACCUUGUCGAUGUAUUUUGUCUUAUUGAUUUGGGCGUUUGAAUAGAGAGAGAAGAUAAAACCAGAAAGUCUUGACUGAAAACAAGAAACAAUCAUUUUGGCUUGGUACAAGAAAAAGUGUGGAGAGAGAGGGAGAUGUUUAUAAAGCCAAGCUGGAAAAAUACUUUAAGAAGCCCAAUAAUUACUUUCAUGUAUGUCCUUUAAUUAUUUAAAAUGAUAUUUGUAUGCCUUUCAUAGUAGGCUUCAGGUUAAUUGGACACCAUACAAAUAAGCAAAUGGGAUUUCAAAUAUUACUGAAGGUCAUGAUUGAUUUUGCAGAAAAAAACUCAUAUUGUUCUAAAAUACUAAAUAAAAGGAAAAGCCAGAACAGAUGGAUGAAAAUCUUUUUAAUGUUAAAACAAAAAAUUGACACUCAUAAUUGUAAGCAAAUUUUCCAGUCAGGUUUCUUCUUUUAUGGAAAAGCAAGCAUUAUAAUGAAAUGUUAUUUAUAGUUUAAAUUUGUUCUAAUGCAUUAAAUUGUGUUUAUUGCAGUGCAUCUUUGUGAAGUAAUUUGCAUGUUUAAUUUAUUUUGCUAUAUUUAUAAGUAGUUUUGACAGAAGCAAUAUAUGAUACAAUAAGCAAAUUAUUAGUUUUGUAUAAUGCUUUCAACAUUUUCAACUUCGAUUUCUUUUUUUAAAACAUUAAUGUAUUUGCUUUUUUUCCUGCAAUCAUUUUUUCUUUUUAAGGUACUAUUGUGUUCAUGGGUGUCAGUUUUAUACUUGUAUGUUGGAAUGGCCUAUACCCCUGUGCUUAAAGUAGGACCGACCAGUGAAAAGGAAAUAAGGAUAAACUUGUGGAUUUUUAAGCGACCCUUCUGUUAUAUAAAGCAAACCUGACAGAAAGGUGCACUUUUUCUACUUGUGGAUUCAGAGUUGUUUAUUUUUCUAACUAAAGUUAAAUGAUUUAGAAAAUGCAUCCUGUUUUUCCAUCAAUCCCUUGCAUUAAUGUAGUGCUUUUCAUCAAAAAAGUGUUAAAGUGUUUUACAUGUUGGAGGAGCCUUCUUCAUCCACCACCAAAGUGCAGCACCCACAUGUGUGAGACAUGUGGGUGACAAGUUGCACCCGCAUACACAACAACAUUCAAUACAGUGAACUUCCAUUGAAUUAAAUGUUAACUUUAAUUUGUACAAGCCCAGGACCCCUACUGUUUUCAACAAUGUGAUCUUUAUGACCAAGAAAUUAAUACCUAAGAUUAAUGUCUGACGUUUGGACACUCAAGCCAUGUCCACUUUUACAAUACUGGGGCAAUAAUAGGAAAUUCAGACCCAAUAAUAGUGACGGUGUAAAGAACAAAAAUGUGUAAACAAGGCACAUGUACAGUACGUGAUGCCUUUAGCUUGUGUUUUAGAGCCACAUAGUGGCCAAAUAACACAGCUGUGGCAUUGAUUCAAUUUGCAUUCAGCAUUUCAUUGUGCUUACAUAAAACAGAACAGCUGUACUUUCAGAAUUGCUUUAAAGAUGUACUAUUUGCGGAUAUCUCCUUCAAAGCUUUUUAAAUGUGGAUCUAUCAUUUUAAAGAGAAAGUGUAGAUGGAUUAGCAGUUACUGUAGUUUUUAAUUUAAAAUUAUUCAUUACUCAAGUCACCCAAUGUCUUAGAAAUAUAGAAAAUGUUUAUGUAGGAAUUUAAAGAAGAUUUUUAUAUAACUCUUGCUGUCAAUUCCAGUGUAUUUCUGGUCUCAGGAUUCUAGAUAAUGAAGGAAGAGUCCUAUAUUUCUGUGUUUCAUUAAAGUCAGUAAAGUGAAGACUAUGAUAUAUUAGAAUGCAGUGUACAAUGAUAGCAGUUAUGCUUGCUUGUAUAAAACAAAAGAUUAUAUUGACUCAUAAGAAACACAAAAAUGUUCCUAUAAAUAUGAUUUACUGUGUUGACAUCAUGCUAUCAGUACUUGGGACGAAAUUGAAUUGUAAUGUAUUUUUUUCAAAUUGCUACCUGUCUAUUUAUAACAUACCUUUUGAAGGCUGUGCUCAACAAAGAAAGGUAUUAAGUUAAAGUUUUUGUUCAAAAACUGUUAUACAAACUCUUGCAUAGGACAAGUGUAAAAACAUUUGUACAGUAUUUUGUGGAUUAUGAUUAAAACAUUUCCCUGUAUUAUUUAGUCUAUAAUUUAACAGUUUUCAGACCUAAUUUAAAUACUGUACAGUCACUAAUAUCAUUUUGGAUAGAGAGAUGGCAAUACAUUUGUUUUUGUGUUAAACAUUGGCUUUAACAUACUAAAUUUAUUCUAAUGCCUCCGAUAUUGAGUAUUAGUUAGGGUUGAAAAUUUUAG